AUGGAGGAUAGCAAGAAAAGACAUUCCGGCACUAAAGUUUCAAAGAUUGCGAAUAUAUUUCAAGGGAUGCCGUCAAGAGAGGAAGACGAAGUUCGCGGUAGCGACGUUACAGGCGUCCGAACCGAAAGUCAUUUGGCACGGUUUAACAAUGCACGUGCGCUUUUUGAAAAAUUGGGUGAAGAAAAUCGUGGAUUUCGUAUUGAGAAAUCACCUUCAGCGGCUGCUAGUUUUGCAGGGACCCGUGGAGUAACUCCACCAGCGAGGUCUCGCUCCAGUUCUGCAGGCUCUGUUAGCCCGCCUAGACGAAUUGUGACGCCAACGCCGAUGCCACCACCUGCUGUUAAUGGUGAUCGUCUAGCAAAUGGUGCAAACGCACCACCUCCAAAACCUGUGAAGCCGAGUGUUUUACCGAAACCUGAAAAACCAGACAGAAGGUUUAACAAGGAGCUCAUAGAAAAACAGAGAAAUUGGACUGCUCAUUUUAAUAAAUCUCGCCAAUCUCGAAAUGAUGAACCUAAAGUGGAUUCUAAUAAAUAUUGCAGUAAUUAUCAAGACAGGAAGUCGCCAGACGCCCAUGAAAGAUAUGUAGUUCCUUCACGUGUUUACUCUCCACCACUUUCACCUUGCGCUGGUGAUACCCAAUUAGAACGUCCCACUACUCUUCCUUCUUCAUUAUUAAAUCGAGUCACUUCUACCACAAAAACUCCGAGCCCUAUAAAAAUUAUUACACCUGUGUCCCCACGGGCUAAUAAUUCAGUGUCACCUAUACCAAGGCCCGAAUCUUCAGUUUCACCGCCAGUGCGAAGAGAACGUGUAAAGUCACCAAGUAAAACCAAAUCUGAUUUGGCAUCUCAAAUUAAUACCUCCAGUGAAAAGAGUCAUCCUAGUGCUAGAUCGUCGUUUUCCCCUCCAAGUGAUGAUGAAAGAAGUGAAAAUAAGGAAAAUAACGAUUUUCCAAUACAUAAAUCGAGUGAACAAAUACAAUAUAGUGAACAAAUGCCGUAUACUGAAAGAGUUUCCCCUACGCCACCAGUUUCGGUUCCGCGAAAGCAAAAAUCACCAUCACCUUCGGCAAGGUCACCAAAAUCUCCAGUCUCGCCACUAUACUAUGAAAAAGAUAGUUUACCUUCCGCUGAACGUGAAUCUUCUGUGUCACCAGUGGCCAUAAAUCCAAUUGAAACUCCAUCGCCUGAUAAUGUUGUCGAUGGAGCUCCCACUGAUGGAAAUUCGCCUAGUGUUACAUCUCAUGAUUCGCCUGUGCUGUCAAACUCUGACGAUAAUAACACGAAAAAUAUUAGCGAACGUGUAUCUCCGACACCUAUAAGUCCCGUAACUUUAGACAAUGGCUCAAGAUCAUCGAAAAUAUUGGAUGAAGAUGUAUAUGAGUCUGUAGACUAUAGUGGAGAAUGGGAAGAAAAAUCCAGACGGCGUUCAUCAACGCCUGAAUCUCCUACAUGUCCUGUAAAGAUUGAUGAAGCACCGCGCUCUCCAUUAGUGUCACCGCUAGCGUCCCCGGUACAUCGUAUUGCGGAGUCCUCGCCUCCUUCACUUCAAGCUUCACCCUCGCCUGCGGGCGGAGGUCGCAAGUCGUCCGAGGCGGAAGAAAUACCGCGGCGGAGUGGAUCUCGGGCGUCCAGCGUGUCAGACGAGGGAGGUUUCAACGAGCCUUCGCCAGAGGUGGUGGCGCGGUUACGACCUGCAGACUAUCGAGAGCCGCCUCCACCCGCACCUCCUCUCACCAAAGACAUACGCGAUGCAGAGCGCGCGCGAUCAGAUCCUGACACCCUCUCCGUACUCCAGCAGGACUCCGGCGUGGUAGUGAGUGAAGCGAGCCAAGGCUCCAUAGAGGUGCUCGACAAGUCGACCACCAGCCAAUGGAGCGUGUCGGAGGGCGAGAAUGCGUCUGGGGAGAGCGGGCGCGGGGGAGAUGCUGCCGACGCUCGUUGGGACGACGCCGACGGCGACUCCAAGCAACCCGACAGCAUGACUCCCGACGAGGCCGAGAUACUACUCAGCUCGAGACAAGAAGCGCUGCUGUCGGACGAGCAGGCGCAGGAGAUCGUCGCCAUGUUGUCGCCGCAUGCGCUGCCUCACGACAAUGGCGUCUCCCUCAACGACAGCUACCAGUCUGUGCUCUCGUACGAGAGCAUGCAGUCAGUGGACGAGAGCUACGAGUUUGUGUCGUUGGAGGCGGACUCUGGUCUGGCAGGCGGGGACCGGCGGGCGCCAGCCGAGCCGGCGGAGGCGGGCGACGCGGCGGACGCAGAGCCCGGCACCGUGUUCGACUACUACCCGCCGCACCAGCUGCGCGAGCUCGGCGAGGAGAACGGCAUACACUACUUCGAAGAUGGACACUUCUAUACUGAGGUUGCCGGACUUCCGCCUAUUGAAGAAGAUGAAGACGAAGAUUAUUACCCACCAGUAUUUGUGAAGAAAAAUACCAAAGUUAAAUUCAGUACGAAUCCAAUGCGCGUGUUUUCGACGCACUCGGUGCGCGAGUACGACAGGCGCAACGAGGACGUUGACCCCGUGGCCGCCAGCGCCGAGUACGAGCUGGAGAAACGCGUCGAGAAGAUGCACGUCUUCCCCGUAGACCUAGUCAAGGGGGCAGACGGACUUGGGCUCUCCAUUAUAGGUAUGGGUGUUGGCGCCGACGCUGGAUUGGAGAAGUUAGGGAUAUUCGUGAAGACUAUAACCGAAAGUGGCGCCGCCGCUCGGGACGGACGGAUUCAAGUCAACGACCAAAUUAUUGAGGUCGAUGGUAAAAGCUUGGUGGGUGUGACUCAAGCAUAUGCCGCGUCUGUACUGCGAAACACUUCUGGGCCUGUGAAGUUCCUCAUUGGACGUGAAAAGGACCCUGAAAAUAGUGAAGUAGCACAUCUCAUUAGACAGUCACUUGCUGCAGAUAAGGAGAGAGAGGAAAGAGCCAACCGCGAGCGUCAGCGUCGCCAGCAAGCUGAAGAAGAGGACUCCAACCAUAAUGCACCCGUGGACACAUCCGCUGCACAAACUAGACAUCCAGAAAUCAAUGAACUCAGGGCUUUCCUACAAGAGUUGGUGGGCAUGGAGUGCGGCGGCGGCAGCCCGGAGGAGAUCAGCGCUCGGCUGCGCGAGUGGUGCCAGGCGCGCGCGCCCGACGACCAUCUGCGCCGCGCGCUCGCCACCGCCGCCGACAACGCGCACCGCGCCCAGCGCAAGUACGACAAGGCGCGACGCGCGCUGCGCGAGUGGCGACGUACGCGUGCGCUGGUCCGCGCGCGCGAGGAGUGGUGGAGCGGCGCGCUGCGGGACGCGCACCGCGAGUACGGCGCCGCGCUCUCCGCGCUGCACGACCGCGUCGCGCGCCUCGAGGUGCUGCUACUGGUGAGACAGGCAUAAUGCACUCGUACACUA